CCAACUUUCAACGACACCCAAACCUUCCACUCACCAUUCAACCUCACCUCCCGCCAAUUUAAACCCCCCAUUCAAAUCCCACCACACAACCGCAAAAAUGACAACACUCCCCUCACCCCCAUUCAUCGAAAUCGAAGGCAUCUCCAAUUUCCGCGACAUUGGCGGCACCCGCACCUCAGAUGGGAAAGAGAUCAGAAGCGGCCUCGUCUUCCGGUCCGCGGAUCCCAGUAAACCGACUGAUAGUGGGCGGAAGAAGAUGAGCGAGGAGCUGGGUAUCAAAGUCAUCUUCGACCUCCGCUCCACGCCUGAAAUCCAACGUGACGGCCCAGAGUGGAGCGGGCUCGAAGUCGCGACCGACGACGCCUACCGUGCUUCCGGGAUCGAACGCCGCUGGACACCCGUGUUUGCCGACAAGGACUACGGGCCUGAGCAAGUUGCUGUGCGGUACAAGGACUACACUUCCACCGGGACGGAGGGGUGGGUGCGGGCUUAUCAUGAUAUUCUAAAGGAUGGGAAGGGGUCGUUUGGGAAGAUUUUCGCUCAUUUGGCGGGGCAGAAGCCGGCGCCGUGUCUGAUUAAUUGUACUGCGGGCAAGGAUCGGACGGGCGUGUGUAUUGCGCUUCUCCUUCAGCUGGCGGGUGUCGAUGCCGAGACCACGGCGGACGAGUACGCGCUCACUGAUCAAGGGCUGGCGGAGUUGAAGCCUUUCUUUGUGGAACGCCUUCUCAAAAACCCUGCAAUCUCUGACAACGAGGAGGGCGUGUGGCGAAUGGUGAGCGCGAAGAAGGAAAACAUGCUUGCUGCGCUGGGGAUGUUGCGCGAUGAUUUCGGGGGCGCGGAGCAGUAUAUUGUGAAGCAGUGCGGGUUGAGUCAGGCGCAGGUGGAGCAGAUGAAGAGGAACUUGGUUGAUGCUUAGAGUUGGCUUUACAACAUUAUAGACGAGCGACA